AUGCCACCAGUUUCCGCUUCAAAAGCUAAAAGAGAUGCCAAAAAGGCUGAAAGAGAUGCCAAGAAAAGUGCUGAAGGUAAGACUGUCAGAAAGCUAGGAAGAAGAAAGGAAAAGUCUCCUGAAGAAGAUGAAUCUGAACUUGCAGCUAAGGAAAUUGCCAAAUUAAAGUUGCAACAGGAUAAAGAUGGUCUUUCUGAUCGUGUCACUACCGGUGUUUUGGACUCUUUGGAAACUUCAAGAGAUAUUAAAUUAUCUGCUGUUUCUUUGUUAUUCCACGGUAAAGUUUUGAUCCAAGAUUCUAAUUUAGAAUUGAAUUAUGGUAGACGUUACGGUUUAUUAGGUGAAAACGGUUGUGGUAAGUCUACUUUCUUGAAAGCUUUGGCCACUAGAGAAUACCCAAUCCCGGAAAACAUCGAUAUUUACUUAUUGGAUGAACCUGCUGAACCAACUGAGAUGUCAGCUUUGGAAUACGUCGUCACUGAAGCUCAAAAUGAAUUGAAGCGUUUGGAAGACUUGGUUGAAAAAAUUAUCAUCGAUAUUGGCCCAGAAUCUGAAUUGUUGGAACCAAUAUAUGAAAAGAUGGAUUCCAUGGACCCAGAUACUUUUGAAAGUAGAGCUGCAGUUAUCUUGAUCGGUUUGGGUUUCAACGCAAAGACCAUCUUGAAGAAGACCAAAGAUAUGUCUGGUGGUUGGAAAAUGCGUGUCGCUUUGGCAAAGGCUUUAUUCGUUAAACCAACUUUGUUGUUAUUAGAUGAUCCUACUGCGCACUUGGAUUUGGAAGCUUGUGUUUGGUUAGAAGAAUAUUUGAAGAGAUUCGACAGAACUUUGGUUUUGGUUUCCCACUCUCAAGAUUUCUUGAACGGUGUUUGUUCAAACAUGAUCGAUAUGAGAUUACAAAAGUUAACUGCCUACGGUGGUAACUACGAUUCUUACGUCAAGACCCGUAGUGAAUUGGAAACCAACCAAAUGAAACAAUACAGUAAGCAACAAGAAGAAAUCGCUCAUAUUAAAAAGUUUAUUGCUUCCGCUGGUACUUAUGCCAACUUGGUUAAGCAAGCUAAAUCUAGACAAAAGAUUUUGGAUAAGAUGGAAGCCGAUGGUUUGAUCCAAGCUGUCGUUCCAGACAGAGUCUUCUCUUUCAGAUUCCCUCCUGUUGAAAGAUUACCACCUCCAGUUUUGUCCUUCGAUGAUAUCUCUUUUGCCUACGAUGGUAACAAAGAAAACAACUUAUACCAAAACUUGAACUUUGGUGUUGAUAUGGACUCCAGAAUCGCUUUAGUCGGUCCAAAUGGUGUUGGUAAGUCUACUUUAUUGAAGAUUAUGACUGGUGAAUUACAAGCUCAAGCCGGUCGUGUCUCCAGACAUACUCACGUUAAAUUAGGUGUUUACUCCCAACAUUCCCAAGAUCAAUUAGAUUUAACUAAAUCUGCUUUGGAAUUCGUUCGUGAUAAGUACCCUCAAAUCUCUCAAGAUUUCCAAUACUGGAGAGGUCAAUUAGGUCGUUACGGUUUAACUGGUGAAGGUCAAACUGUUCAAAUGGGUACAUUGUCUGAAGGUCAACGUUCCCGUGUCGUUUUCGCAUUAUUAGCUUUAGAACAACCAAAUGUCUUACUACUGGAUGAACCUACCAAUGGUUUGGAUAUUCCAACUAUUGAUUCUUUGGCUGAAGCUAUUGACGAAUUCAACGGUGGUGUUGUUGUUGUUUCACACGAUUUCAGAUUAUUAGACAAGAUUGCAAAGGAUAUUUUCGUCGUUGAAGACAAGACUGCUACUAGAUGGGAUGGUUCUAUUUUGGAUUACAAGAACAAAUUGGCCAAGAAGGUUGUUUUGUGA